AUGGAUGCUUUGGAUGUGAUUGAAAAGCGGAUUGAAAACCUAAACCAGUUGCUCGGCCCACUGCCAACCGAUGGAAGCCAAGCAGAGAACUUAACCGAAGCCAUCCUGUCCGCCUCAUCUUUCCUUCCAUCCGCAAGCACCGGUCAUCUGGCCGAUGGUGCGGCCCGCGGUGCGAUUCUGGAAUCGUUUAAGCGCAAAGACGAGCUGGAAGCUUACCUAGAUCCGGCAUACUUGGAAGAAAAGCAGGACAUCAAGGCAAAAGAAAUGUACAUCAACACGAUAGCGAAUGAUCUGGCCGGUACGUUCGAAACGCUACAGAAGAUCAAAUCCCUCGAACCUACGCUGGGAGCGGAAUAUUUUCGCAACCUGCCCGACGUUAGUGAGCAGCUAAAAACCAUGACUACGACGGCGAGCGAGCAGAAGCAGGCAAACGAACUGCUUGAGGAAAGUCUCGUCAUUGCGAUGCAACGUUACAGCGAGAUUCAGAGUGGGAUUAAGGAUUCGCUCAAAGCCAUGACCGACCGGUUGGAUCAGUUGGAAGAUCGUCUGGCGCAGAAGAAAAAGCAGGAUAAAGAUAUAUAA